ACAAAUGCAGUCUAACUUUAUUGCUUAGUUGAUAAGGAAUCAUUGUUUCGGAAAAUGGAUAAAAAAAUGUGUACACACAUUCUGAAGGAAGGAAAAGAUCGACUGGAGCGUGAAAAUGAUGAUUUCAUGCAAGCACUUAAUAAACGGAUUGAUGCUGAAUCGAAAUUCAUAUUGGCAUUAGAUCGCUUAUCAAGAAUGACGGACUCGGUAAAUGACAUUUUAAAUCUUCAGGAAGAAUUUAAUUCGGACAAAGAAGAUGCGCUAAUCAUUGCCAGUGCGAAAAAGGAACGCAAAUUUAUUGCCGAUUUGAAAAUGAAGCUGGACCGAGAGACGAAACUCACAAGAAAACGAUCACAUCAAUUGAACGGAAUUUCCCAAGAAUUCAAGCGCAUGCCUGGCAUUGAGCCGCCGACUAUUGUUGAAAUUCCUGACUCGCCGCCAAACGAACUCCAAUCGGUCGAUGACAGUGACAGAGGCAACAUUCCACAAUUCACAAAGGUGACGCAAAAAUCGUCGAUGGUUGUGCCUCCAAUUCCGCGUAUGACAGAUGAAAAAUUCGAACAAGCGGCCAUGCUUUUAAAACAAUCAUCAGCUGUAAACGGUGAAGCUGAUAUGCACGAUCGCGAUGCGUCCAGAUACGGUUUUGAUACAUCCAAAAAGAGGGACGCCGUGUUGAAAUUGGCCGAAAAUACACCAAAACCACCGCCGUUCCAUUUUCCAUGGGAACAAGACAAACAACAACACACGCGCCCAGACAGUCGAUCAGGAAAACAACGCACGCGCCCAGAUAGUCGAUCAUCAGAAGAUUCCAACAGCCGAUUCUAUCCGAAUGCAAAUGCAAAUGCAAAGAAAGAUCAGCGUUUUGUUGAUCCGCAUGAAAAACCACCGCAUUCAAGAUACUGA